AGAGAAGCCAUGGCGAAAUAAUACCGUGAUUUGGUGACAGAAAAAAACGAACUGUAAAACAGACACUUAAUUAGGGUUCCGGGGAAGGAAAAGCUGGAGCGGCGGAGAGAAAGCUUCUCUGCGUGCCUUCUCUGAAUGGUUUGACGCUUGCCGAGCCUUAUCGGGCCCCUGAUAGCUGAGCGCUGCGAGCACUCGCGAGGGGUGCCGGAACCGCGCAUCUUCCGCGGUGCCGCUUUGGUUCUUUUCCAGGCUGGGAUGGCUCGUGUGCCGCUGGCUGGCGCGGCAGGCCGGCCCGGCGGUGGCAAAGCCUCCCGAAGAGGAGGCCCAGCUGGAGCUCCCAUGCCCCCGGCCCCCGCAGGUUUGGCCGGUCCCGUGCGUGGAGUUGGCGGACCGUCCCAACAGGUGAUGACCCCUCAGAGCCGAGGCACGGUUGCUGCUGCAGCAGCCGCUGCAACUGCCAGUAUAGCAGGAGCCCCAACUCAGUAUGCGCCAGGCCGCGGAGGCCCUCCCCCUCCUAUGGGAAGGGGCACUCCCCCUCCAGGAAUGAUGGGGCCCCCUCCUGGUAUGAGACCACCCAUGGGCCCUCCUAUGGGUAUGCCGCCAGGUCGUGGCUCACCAAUGGGGAUGCCGCCUCCUGGAAUGAGGCCGCCUCCUCCUGGCAUGAGAGGUCCCCCUCCUCCUGGCAUGCGCCCACCUAGGCCUUGAGGCACGUGCCGAGCCAAUGGGAUUCGUGUGUUGGAGUUGGAGGCUGAGCUUGCCAUCACAAGAUGGCAAGAACGGCAUUAGUUGUGUAUGUAUGCGCUCCGUUUUUUUUGAUGUCAUGUUGCCCUUUUCAAUAAAACUUUGCCAUUUC